AUGUUGAGAAAAAUAUUCAUUAAGCAGCAGUUUCAGUUCAAACUAAAAAUCUCUACACUGUCAGACUACAGGGUGUCAAAUAAGUCCCUUACAUCAUUAGCAUCACCCAAGAUGAGUGUUCUUGCUGCAAUGAUGGAGCUUGUCCUGAACAACCUAACAAUGGCCUUGGUAUUCCUGGUGGUCCUUAUUCUAUUGCUGAGAUACCUACAACCCAGUCCUUAUAGCUUACCUCCCAUGCCUGCAUGGAAUAUACCAUAUUUGGGGCACAUUCGCUUCUUAAUGGACGCUAAAACAAUGGGCGAGAAAAUGUACUUGAAAGCUUCAAAGGAAUUAAAGAGCUCUUAUAUAGCAGUAAAGUUUGGAAAGCAAUAUGUUGUAAUGCCUCAUAAAUUUGAGGAUCUGAAAGAGGCAUUCACAAGUGAUCAGUUCAUAUAUCAUGGAGAAAAUAUAAUUGGCGGGAUAACAAUUAAUUCUGGCCUUUUCCAUGAUGGUCAACGCUGGAAGGCACAUCGAAGAUUUGCCUUACACGCCCUUCGUGACCUAGGACUCGGAAAAAGUCGCAUAGAAGGAAAGAUCCAAUUAGAGUCUCAAAAAUUGGUAAAACUCAUUGCUAGUUUGAAUGGUGAACCUACAGAGACGAUUAUAAUACUGAACACAGCUGUGUCAAACAUUAUAUGCACCAUGGUUUUCGGUCAUCGCUUUGAGUAUGAGGACACACUAUUCAAAAGGCUUUUACAGAUUUUAAAUGAGAACACCAAUAAGCACAUGCGACCAGUAUUUUUGUCAAAAUUUUUGCCCUUCUUGAAGUACCUUCCUGGGGAUUUGACACAUGCUAAAAGAUUGAAGCAAAAUGUCGAUGAAAUUAAAACUCAAAUUCUUGAACCAGAAAUCAAGCGCCACAUAGAGAAAUAUGACCCCGACAACAUUGAUGAUUUUAUAGAUGCAUUUAUUCAGGAAAUAAAAAAACUGAAGGACACAGAUGAGGAAAUUUAUUUCAAUGAUGAAGAGCUGAUGUGGAAUAUUGAAGACCUCUUCUUUGCUGGGACAGAUACAACUUCAACAACCCUAAGGUGGUUGCUUCUAUGCAUGAUCCGGUAUCCAGAUGUCCAGGAUAAAGUACGAGCUGAGAUAUUGGAUGCCAUAGGCCCAGAUAGACCUCCAACCAUGCAAGACAAGAAACUGCUAAGUUACACACAGGCUGUCAUCUGUGAAGUUCAGAGAAUGCAUACCUUAACACCACUUGGAUCGAUCCAUUAUAGCUCUGACCAACCAACAAAAUGGAAGGGCUAUACAUUACCCCCAAAUACAGCAUUGUCACCCAAUGUGUAUGCUAUUCACCAUGACGAGGACCACUGGGAGCAGCCAUACCAAUUCAACCCUAAUCGGUUCAUAGGACCAGAUGGAAAAUUCCAGAAAGAUGACCACUUGGUGACAUUUUCAGUUGGUAAGCGGUCAUGUCUGGGUGAAUCACUGGCCAGGAUGGAAACUUUCCUAUUCUUUGUAGCCAUAAUGCAGAAUUUCCAUGUCAAGAAACCAAAAAAUGACCCAAUACCAACCCUCGAAGGAAAACUUGGCAUCUUAAUUGGCCCUUAUCCCCAUAGAGUUUGCUUUGAGAAAAUUUAGGACAAAUAUAGUGACUGCAGAAUGCAGAUGUAUUACGUCCUUUCCAAGUAUGUGAUCUAUGAAACUAAAGGAUGAACAAGAGACUGAAGAUAUAUUAGCUUUAAAUUAGCUCUUCAACAUAAAGUUGCUUUGAGAAACUAUAAGUCAUAUUAAACUCCCCAGUCAAAUAUAGGUGGCAUGUUGUCACUGGGGGAGGUCUUAGAGGUUCCAAGGAAUACCAGAUUGUCAUUUACAUUGAAGACCAUCAAUCUGUGCACUUUCCAGGGAGUUUAUAAAAAAGAUUUCAGACAAUUGAUCUCCCUAUGCUGACCACUCAGGUGAUGAAGACUAUUAUUAUUUGAGAAAGGAACAAUGCACAAGCAUUUAUGAUUCCGUAUACAUAAACUCAAAAGAGUUCUGUCGAUCAUUGAAAAUGUACGUACAGAAUACAAGUUUAUAAUAAUAUCAUACCAACAUUUAACACUACAAGAGCAUUACAACUAAAAGAAUACUGAUGCAAAUUGACACUACAACUAAAAGAAUACUGAUGUAAAUUUUUUUUAAAUGUAUAAAAAUCAACUGUUUGUUGUUCAUAAAUAAACUAAAGCCUCAGUCACAUUUGCUAUACAGCGGGAAUAUUGCAGCCAUAGCUUCACAAAAUAGAUAUAGAAUAUCUAUGUUGUAUUGCUUAUCCCUAUAUUUUAUGCUGCAUAUUUCUCUCGAUUUUGGGAAGCUACGAUUGCCUUAGAUCAAAUGUGACUGAGGCAUGAGACACAUACCC